GGUGGUUCACUACAGAGCCAAUGUAUCCCAGACAGAGCCUGUAACGGAGCGCUCGAAGAAAACAUAAAGAAAAGGAUUUGGGCGUAACUUGUCAAGGUUUACGUGGAUUACAAGUCGCCGUUGUACUUGGAAGGCUGUGGUAACUAAUUAAAGUUUGAGUGCUCUUCCUCCGGCUCCACUCUUCCCCCAUGCCCACGUCAGCUGUGCCCACGUACCCGUUGCCGUGGCGCUGAGCCAUCUCUGCCCGUGUGUGUGUGUGAGUGAGUGAGUGAGCGAGCGAGCAAGCGUCUGAGGCACCUAGGGUGUCCAGCGCAAAGGUUCAGCGGCUGAGAGGGGGGGGCGGGGCCACGUGCUGGGGGCGUGGUUGGAGGUUUUCCGAGGGGGGCCAGGCACCCGAAGAUGAGCAGGCGCGGUUUCAACAUCAACAAAACCAUGCAAGACCGCCGCUGUGUGUGUGUGUUCCUCCCUAACGACGACACACUCAAUGUCAUCGUCAGUGUUAAGACUCUGUGCCAGGAGCUCCUGGUUCAGGUGUGUGAUCUGCUGAGACUCAAGGACUGCCACCUGUUUGGACUGAGUGUCAUUCAGAAUAAUGAGCAUAUCUAUAUGGAGCUGGGCCAGAAACUGUCGAAGUAUUGUCCUAAAGAAUGGCGGAGAGAGGCCAGCAAGGGUAUCGACCAGUUUGGACCUCCAAUGAUCAUCCACUUCAGAGCCCAGUACUAUGUGGAGAAUGGGCGACUUAUUAGUGAUCGCUCGGCGCGGUACUACUACUAUUGGCACCUGAGGAAACAGGUGCUGCAGUCCCAGUGCAUCCAGAGAGAGGAGGCCUACUUCCUGCUGGCCGCCUUCGCCCUGCAGGCAGACCUGGGCAACUUCAAGCGGAACAAGCACUUUGGCAAAUACUUUGAGCCCGAGGCGUACUUCCCACCAUGGGUGAUCGCUAAGCGUGGCCGUGAGUACAUCCUGAGGCACAUCCCUAACAUGCAUAAAGACCAGUAUGCCCUGACCGCCUCAGAAGCCCACCUCAAAUACAUCAAGGAGUCUGCCCAGCUGGACGACGUCACCGUGCACUACUACAGACUCUACAAGGAUAAAAAAGAACUUGAGGCCUCUCUCACUUUAGGGCUGACAUUGCGUGGAAUCCAGAUAUUUCAGAAUGUGGGCACAGUGCGGCAACUCCUGUAUGACUUCCCCUGGACCAACGUUGGCAAGCUGGUGUUUGUGGGGAAGAAGUUUGAGAUUCUGCCAGACGGACUGCCCUCGGCACGGAAGCUCAUGUACUACACCGGCUGCCCCAUGCGCUCGCGCCACCUCCUGCAGUUGCUUAGCAACAGCCACCGCCUCUACAUGAACCUACAGCCUGUGCUCAAGCAGGUGCGCCGCCUGGAGGAAAACGAAGAGAAGAAGCAGUACCGUGAGUCGUACAUCAGCGAUGCUCUGGAGCUGGACAUGGACCAUCUGGACGGCCGCUCCCGGGCCAGCGGCAGCAGCAUGGGCAGCGUGUCUCGCCACAAGCGCCUGUCACGCCACUCCACCACCAGCCACGGCAGCUCGCACACCUCGGGCAUCGACACGGGCAGCUUCCGCGUGCCCGGGCAAGGAGCCCCUAGGCCCUUGCGCCCGGGAAGCUCGUCCACCAACAGCCACGCCAGCACACACACGUCAGGCGUGGAGAGCGGCGGGAAGGACCGGGUGCUGGAUGACGACGACGAUGAUGAUGAGAUUGAGAUGCUGGUGGAUGACCCUAAGGACUAUGAGGAGCUGCAUGAGCUGGCUCUGGAGCUCAACCAGGAUCUGUGCAUCCACAUCACUGAAGACAUGCUCACCUCCAGCCAGAACAAUGGAUACUCCGGACUUGUGGUAAAGGAUGUGAGCUCAUCCACUUCCAGCUCAUCAGAGACAGUCGUGAAGAUGAGGGGGCAGAGCAUCGAGUCCCUACCACAGACGGUGGUGUGCAAGAAGGAGCAGGGCUCCACCGACCGCCACAGCCAAUCGCUGGACGACGUGCGGCUCUACCAGCGCAGCGUCUCGGAGUGGGCAGAGCUGUGCCAGGACACCGCCCACAGCUACACCUUCGGCUGCGCCCAGGAGCUGGACAGCGUCGCCAGUGGCUACCAGGGCCUGGGCGAGCAGUGCGCCGGUAUCCGCGGCGACCAGUCGGCCUUCCCCAUCAAGCGCACCAACAAGUACUUCUCCCUCGACCUGACCACGGACGAGGUGCCCGAGUUUGUGGUGUGAGAGCCCGUGGUGGAGGAGGAUCAAGAUGGACACACUUAUACACACAGGCUUCAUUCAACACACACAAACACAAACACAAACACACACACACACACAGAGAUUCCUCACUAACUCCCUGACAAAACUCACACACAGAUUCCUCUGUGCUCUGUGUGUUGUGUGCCAUCAUCCCCCUGCAUCACAGCCAUACAGCGAUCAUCUCUGGAGGAGUCAGGUCAGAUAUCUAUACUCAAAAACAAGACGGAGGUCCGAGCCUACGGGCCGUGGUAGAGCUG